GAGAAUAAGAGCAGUAGGUUGUAGAUUAUUGUCACCACAUUAUUCAUUCAAGAAGCGAAAACAUCCGUUUGGAGAAUAAGAGCAAUAAGUUGUAGAUUAUUGUCACCACAUUAUUCAUUGAAGAAGCAAAAACAACCGUUAGGUCUCUCAAUACAAACGUUAGGAUUCUGUAAUGAAUAGUCAAUCAAAGCUAAUUUAUUUCAAUAAUUUGAUAGGUAUCUAAGUACGUAUGUAUUUAUACACGUUUGCGUGAUCCUAUACUCAUACAUAUGUAUAUGAGUUCAUGAAUGUGCUUAACUAAAAGUAUUUGCACUGUGAUUCGAGAAGUUGCCAACUGCGGAGAGAGCGCUUUACCACGUGUUUCAUCCAAGGAUUUUUUUCUAGUAGAACGAAUGACAUAUUAGAUUUAUAUUAGGAGUACUCAGUUUUAAUCACGAUUACUAGUUUUAAUUUAGAAUAUUGGGAACAUUUUAAUGGGCAAACAUUUCUGAAAGAGCUCGAAUUUUCAGUCAAACACAGAACAUCGCGCCAAAAAUCCAGCAAAACUGAAUGUUUUCACAUUACAAGCAAUAUUUUGUCUUCUACUCUAAUAACUAGUGCCGCUUCGACGGUCAUUUAUAAAGAAUUUAAGAACGGCUCCAAUUACCACGUAACUAUGACAGUUAUGCAUGAAGCUUUCCUAGAAUUGCGAAGCGCGUUUCCUGAUUUAGACGCUGAGGUGAGGAGCAUACUGCUUGCGCGUUCUCAGGAAGGAGCAACUAUCUCCGACCUCAAGGAUGAUUAUCGGAAAAAUACAGGUAUCGUGUUUCCAAUAUUUCAAAACAUCACCGAGUUCCUUCUCUCAAUACCAUUUGUGACCGCAUUUUGUAAUGAAAAUGGUAAGCUCAUUUUUAAUGUUCAACCUUCUGCAAAAACAAAGCACAUCUAUGAUUUAGUACAGCAGCAAAAACCUCAACAGCAAAUUCAUACUCAAAAACAACAGCAAUUUGUUCACUAUAACGACCAAAACCGAUUCGAACCAUUCGUAAACAAUAUUUCAUCUAAGAAAAACAAACGUGAUGAAUUUUGGUACCGCCACAAUAAACAGAUUGAUUACCGAAAUAAUAAUGAAUAUAUUAAUAAGAACAACAUUGAUAAUAAUAAAAUCAGCGAAUCGGUAAAAACUGAUGCAUUAAAAACUAAGGUGGGUCUGGACAAUUUAGCAUCAUUGCAAACUAACGCUCAAAAAGGUGUUUCUAAUUACACUGAGGAAACGGGAAGCAAUAAUUAUUAUCAAGACAACUGUAACCAUCUUUUCAAUAGAUUAUGCAACCAACCGAAAAUGGCGUCACAGAAUCUCGGACACAACUUCAAUAACAUUCAUUAUUCAAAUUUGAAUAGUCGGCUUACGAAACCGCAACCAACACAUUUACAAGCAAAAGCAAUAAAUCAAACAUUUCAAUUUAGAUCAAUUCAACAACAGAACUAUUUGAAUAUGAAUAUACGGGAGAAGCAGCCUAAUCCAUUCAAACAACCAAUGGCUAAAUACAUACUUCCAAGUACGAGUCGACCCACCUCACCAUCGUGUACCAAGAGCAGUCGAUAUAAUGAUUCAAUCUAUACGACAGAUUCAGACUAUGAGGCACACCUCUUGGACUUCCCCUUGUUGGGCGAUGAUUUUUUUCUGUUUUUGGCGCGAAUGGAAUUAAGGUGCAAAUUCAAAAAAUAUGACAAAGUACUGCAGAGUGGACUUUGCGUAUCCGGACAAACUAUUUGCGGUGCAAUUAGGAGAGUUCGACAAUUAGAAGAUCAGUGUAAGAGUGUUAUUGUUAACAUUGGAUCUGUGGAUAUAAUGAAAGGUCGUCCUUUGGUGCAAAUAGAACAUGAUUUUCGCGAGCUUAUCAACUUAAUGUUCAAAAAAGGAUUUACACCAAUUCUAACGACACUGGCUCCCCUUGCAAAUUUUGCACACGAUGAAAUUACUAAAACUAAAUUGGAGCGCUUCAACAAUUUCAUAAAAAAGGAAGGUGAAUUCUUAUUAGUCAUGGACAUAUGGGCAUGCCUAGUAAAUGAAAGAGGCCACAUACUAUUCGAUUGUUUUCAGAACGAACCAAGAAUAGUAACGGGUACCUCAGAGCCGUACGUGUUUUGGAACAAAAUUGGUCGACAACGAGUUUUGCAAUUAAUAGAAUCUCAAUUGGAGUAUUAAUAUUUUAAAUCUGGUCUGAAAAGUUUUACCAUAAAUUGUGUAUUGCAUUAUUAAUUAUUUUAAAUUGUAUUACUGUUUGUCUAGAAACGUUAUUGAUUGUUAAUAUUAUAGGGGCGUCGAUUUUUGUUAGAUAUAACCUAAAUUUAUUUAUUUCAAAGUAAUUAUUAUUAUAAAAAUGCAAAUACUUUGAUUAUUUGUAUUGCACAUAUCAAACGAAAUAUGUAUUUGUUUGUUGGCGGGCUUUAAAAAUUUUAUUCAGAUAUAUAUGUAUCAGUGCACAAUAUAUAUUGGCGAAUAAAGUUUUUGAGGAAUGAUAUUCUAAACCUAACACGUUAUUGCGCUGAAAAUGUAACAAUUUAGCUUCUACAAAAUCAAUACCGGUGUUGAUUUGUCGACAAUUGUAGAAGCUAAAGCAUUUUCCACAUAAUGACAUUUGUAAAUGUUUUAUUUAAGUUUAAAUAUUGUAUGAUUUAAAUGUGAUUGAUUAAUUGAUAAGGAAAAUAAGAACGAGCCACAACAUUUUAUUAACUCUAAGAAUAAUAAUAUGCCACCCAAUUGCACUUCAACCUCUUUACAAAUGUAUGUACUUGUCCGCAAAUGUAAAGGUGUGGUUGUGCAAUUGCACUUUAAGCGCAACACAGAUAUGUUGCUUAGUAAAUACUAAUAAAAUAACUAUAUUUCUUAAGUAAAUGUAUUUAGUCAAUGUAUGAAUUACUUUAAAGCAAAGUGUUGAGAUUAUAUGGUAAUUACAAUAACAGAAACACAAGUAAAUAAAAGAAAAAACUGUAAUAAAACUAAUACUAAAAAGAA